AUGGUAUCAGCAUCCACCGUCGGUGCGACCACAGAUGUGUGCGCUUUAUCUGACCAAGUAAAGAAGUAUCGCGCUCGAGUCGUGCAGAAUGCCCAGAGGGCAGAUAAUGACAAAAAUGCUGGUUCAUCGACGGCAAUCCCGUCGCUGCUGAUUAUGUGUCUAAAGAUCAUUUCCGACGGCUUUCGUUUGCAACCAAAGGCACAAAAUGUGCCUCGCCAGUUCCUUCCAGAGGUUAUGGCUCGACUGCCGUUAGAUCUCGACGUGUGCGUGACGGCCCCUAAUGUGACUGAUGAGAACUACUGGAAGCGCUGCUGCCUCAGCAAAACGCAGUGGAAAAACAUCCAGAUUGCCGACCACGGACUCACAUGGAAGCAACUCUUCCUAGAAAAACACUUACAGAAUCUUCUUGAAGAUUUCGACCCAUCUGUAGACGAUCAUGACCACUUAAUGGCCGUCGUCAAGGCCUCCAGCGAAUACAUUUUCACGCUUGAGAUCGACCAACUGCUGUCCCACUUGGACUUGAACGAAAUCUGUGCUCAACUACAUAAUUUGACAAGACUUCGAGUCACCUACGGUGUCAAGCAGAUCGGUAUGAAGUAUGAACGUAUGCUAUUCGGAAUGAAGAUCUCGGACGCCACGAACCUCUCGCAUGUUAUCAAGAUGUCGAAUACGCUGACGACGUUGUGGCUGCCCAGCAAUCUCCUGGAUGACGAUCUGCUGCGGAUGCUUAUGACGGGGCUAGUAAAGAACACCAGUAUCACCUCGUUGGAUUUAUCACACAAUAAACUUACAAACCACGGUGCGAGAUUGCUGUCCAAACUUCUGGGGCCCGAGAGCGUGAUCACUACGUUGAAGCUGUGUGAUAACCAGAUACACGCGGAAGGUGGACGGUAUCUCAGUCGUGGGCUCAAAUACAAUACCAGUCUCAUGGAGCUGGAUCUCCGGCUGAAUCGUCUCACAGACGACGGUGGGCGUAUGUUGCUGGAAGGUCUAGUGGAUCACACGUCGCUGACCAAUCUGAACUUGAGCAGCAACAUGUUGGGCAAGGAAAGUGCUGAAGCGCUGGCUGAAAUCCUCAGUGAUUCAACGACGGCAUUUCGCUCCGUGGAUCUGAGCAGCAACGCGCUCAGUGAAAGCGACGGAGAUGUGUUGCUGCAGGGUUUGCAGCAGAAUAACACCGUCAUAGCGCUCGAUCUGCGGCAAAACACGCAGAUCCCAGCCGAAGCCGACUGUCUAGUUAAAAUUGCUCAAAAGAUUCGCCAGAACGAGGUGAAUUUGAAGACCCCGUCCUCCACAGCGGGCAGCAGUAGCACAUAA